AACAAACAGAAAUACAUAAUUCUUUCUUUACCACUAAAACUUUGCUUAUCUACAAUGCAACAUCUUCACGAAGAAUCAAUUGAAGAUUCUGAUAUUCCAGAUAGCACAGUAGUUGAAUCCUUCUGGCUAUCAAAAGAUGCCGAGUUCGACUGGUUCGAUCAAAACGCUUUCUUAGAACGGAAGGAAUCAACCAAAGGAAGCUUCAACUCGACUGUACACUCGAAUUCGAGCUCACAGCGGUAUUCGGAGACCUUGAAACCAAAAGCUCACAUAAUUGGUUUGCCUAAAACACACAAGACGACUUACGUUGAUAUAAAGUGCAGGCAGUAUAAACCGCUAAACGUACGGCUGUUUCCAAAGCAGUUAUAUUCCGUUGGUAAGGCUCCGCCGACCGAACCGUCUUCUCCGAAUGUUUCGUGUAUUGGUAGAGUUAGAUCCAAGAGAUGUAGGAAGUCAGCGGAACAACCGGUCGUAUCUGGAAGUCAACGAUCACAGAAAGCCGGUCUGAGGUCUCGUAUAAUGUCGUUGUUCCGUUCGAAAGGUCACCGAGAAAAAGACAGUGAAUCACCGUCGGAGAAGGUAAAAAAACCGGGAGAAAGAUCUGGUUCGAGGAGGAAAUGCGUGAGUGUAAAACCGGUAAACAGUGAACCGGGAACGCCUUCUGAACCGCCAGCUUUGGGAGGAAUGAUCCGGUUCACGUCACGGAGAUCGGAUUAUUUGGUCGCAUCGGAGAAUGAUGACAUGGCAGGAUGUCAUUCGUUGGAUUUGGAAAUGCGUGUUUAGGUUUGGGGUUGGGCCCACCGGGUAAGUUUGUUUAGCUGACGUGGCAUGUUGAAAUCUUGAUUCUGUGUGCUGGAAAAUAUUAAAAAGUAUAUGGUAGGUGGCGGUUUUUGUAAUUGUAUGUAUGAUUCUUAAACACAAGAGUAGUGUUUCUACGAUGACAUGUUUUGAAUGCACAUAAAGUAGUAAUAUGAUUUGGACU